AUAGUGGAGUGGAGUGGAAAGGCGGUGCAGUGAAGAACAGGAAGAGUGACCUGGGGGAGCAGAACAACUUCAUCCGACUCGACUGAUUUUACUGUCCCAGCGACUCUACAGUAUUUGUGUGUACAAUGAUGGCUAUUUGGUCAUUCUCCGUGUCCAUAGCGGUGUGUGUGUUGGCGGCGUGUGUGUGUAUGAGUGUGUGUGAGCCCAUCAGUUUGCGUCUUUCUGGAGAAAAGCGUAAACACUACGAGGGACGAGUGGAGGUGUAUUACAAUGGAGCAUGGGGGACGGUGUGUGAUGACGACUUUGACAUGAAUGCCGCACAAGUGGUGUGUAGACAGCUCGGAUACCUUGCUGCUGUCUCUUGGUUUCCGUCUGCGAAAUACGGCAAAGGAGAAGGUCCUAUCUGGUUGGAUAAUGUACAUUGUACAGGGAGGGAGGCUUCACUCUCUGACUGUCCCUCAAACGGGUUUGGAGUUUCAGACUGUAAACACUCAGAGGAUGUCGGAGUCGUCUGUACACAAAAACGCAUCCUGGGAUUCAAAUACAUCAGCGUUGGCAGUAACGACAUGGAGACUCUGGAUGUGCUAGUUGAAGAUGUACGUAUCAGAGCCACCUACUCCCACCGUAAGCGUAUCCCAAUCACAGAGGGCUUUGUGGAAGUGAAGGAUGGAGGAAAAUGGAGGCAGAUCUGCGACGAGAGCUGGACUCCACAGAACAGCCGUGUAGUGUGUGGCACGUUCGGCUUCCCUGGAGUGAAGGGUUUCAAUACUAAAGCCUACAAGCUUCUUUCUCAGCGCAGGAAGAAGAACUACUUUGGUUUCUCGGUGAACUGCACAGGAAAUGAAGCUCAUCUGACCGAGUGCAGGAUGGGCAAACCACUGAAAGUGGUAAAAAAUGUGAAUGCCACAUGUGCCCAUGGAACGCCUGCCGUGAUCAGUUGUGUUCCUGGAAGAGCCUUUGCACCCACACAGUCCUCAGGAUUCAGGAAGGCCUACAGAGCAGAGCAACCCCUGGUGCGUCUGCGUGGAGGAGCGAAGAUUGGUGAAGGUCGAGUGGAAGUGCUGAAGAAUGGCAUUUGGGGAACGGUGUGUGAUGAUAACUGGGACAUGAAAGCUGCCAGCGUGGUGUGUCGAGAGUUGGGCUUCGGCACCGCUAAAGAAGCUCUGACUGGGGCACGAAUGGGGCAAGGAAUGGGCCCAGUGCACAUGAACGAGGUGGAGUGCUCAGGGUUCGAGAAGUCUCUGACGGAGUGUUACUUUAACAAAGAAGUUCUGGGCUGCAGUCAUGAGGAGGACGUGGCUGUGAAGUGUAACGUCCCCGCCAUGGGCUUCCACAACAGGCUGCGUCUGAACGGAGGCAGGAACCCGUAUGAGGGCCGUGUGGAGGUGCUGGCAGAGAGGAACGGCUCGAUGGUGUGGGGAACGGUGUGCAGUGAGAGCUGGGGAAUCAUGGAGGCCAUGGUGGUGUGCAGACAGCUCGGAUACGGCUUUGCUAGUCAAGCCUUCCAGGAGACGUGGUACUGGCAGGGUGAAGUCAGUGCUGAUGCUAUAAUGAUGAGUGGAGUUCGGUGUUCAGGGACUGAAAUGACUCUGGCUCAGUGUCUCCAUCAUGGGAAACACAUCAGCUGCCCCAGAGGAGGAGGAAAAUUUGCUGCUGGAGUCUCCUGCACUGAGAGUGCUCCAGACCUGGUGCUAAACGCAGAGGUGGUUGAACACACCACCUAUCUGGAGGACCGGCCGCUGUACGCUCUGGAGUGCGCUCAUGAGGAGAAGUGUCUCUCCAACAGCGCCAACACGGCAGACCCGUCCUCGUACCGACGACUGCUGCGCUUCUCCUCUCGGAUCCACAACAACGGCCACAGCGACUUCAGACCCCGCAACGCACCCCAGACCUGGGUGUGGCACGACUGUCACAGGCACUACCAUAGCAUGGAGGUUUUCACUCACUAUGACCUUCUGAGUGUGAACGGCACUAAAGUGGCCGAAGGGCACAAAGCCAGCUUCUGCCUGGAGGACACCGAGUGUGACGAAGGUAUACAGAAGCGUUAUGCGUGUGCUAAUUUCGGCUCUCAGGGGAUCACAGUGGGCUGCUGGGACACAUACAGACACGACAUCGAUUGCCAGUGGAUCGACAUCACUGAUGUCAAACCCGGAGAUUAUAUCUUCCAGGUUGUAAUUAACCCUAAUUAUGAAGUAGCUGAGUCUGAUUACACCAAUAACAUCCUGAGAUGUAAAUGUCGCUAUGAUGGAUAUCGGAUCUGGUCCUAUAACUGCCAAACAGGUGGCUCCCGAAGUUCAGAUGUUGAUGAAUUUACAGGAAUAAUGACCAAUCAGCUUCAGCGUAGGUAGGAAAAUCAAGAAGCCAAAGAGAGGAAAGUGAAGACUGGAGUGGAGCCCAGUCAGACUUCUAACACGAGAACCAACCACUAGAAGAGGGACGCUGAUGUGACCAUCCUGCACCUGUCAUUACUUUGUUUACUUCUAGAAGAUACAUCUAUCAUUACAUUCCACCUUCAUUACAGCUCUAUACCUGUAUCACAAACGACACACACAGCCAAUAGAGAACAGCACAGGAAACCCAGCUUCUCAUCAAUAAAGAAUCAUUUACUGUAGUAUGGAAUGUAGCAGGGUAAAAUAAUGAGCUCCAAAAUGCCUGUUGGUUUAGUAUGUAAUAGAUUUGUUUAUUUUUGAUAGAAUGUUUUUGGCAUAGUGGUGUCUUAACUUCUCAGACUGACCAAAGAGGUUUGAUGCAUUUUAAAGUUCAUGCAAAAUGUAAACUGGCCACAGUUGUUCACUUUAAUGCUAGAUGUCAUCAAUCAAACAAGAUAUAUUUGCUUCUUUUGUUUUGUACUGGAUCUUUACUGCUAAUGUAGCUAACAAGUAAGGGAAGCAUGAUGCAAAGUGUUUGAAUAAAUUAUGUAUCUGAUAUCAUCAGCAGGAUCAGUUCUAACAUACAAUUCCAAUGUUUUACCUCUGUCAACUUGGUUGGAGGAGGUUAUGUUUUUGUGUCCAUAUGUUUGUUUGGUUGUUUGUUCCCAAUGUAACUCAAAAAGUAGUGAACGGAUCUGGAUGAAAUUUGGUGGAAAGGUGGGCCAUGGG